UAGAUUUUUGGCGGCAUGUUCGUGCGUACAUUCUCUUUCUGAUGGGUACUUAUCUAGUCCCGGACACCUCAGGUUGUGAGAUUCAUUUGAGGUUCUUACCUUUGUUGGAGGACUUGGGGUUGUUCAGCACAUACUCUAUAGGGGGAGCAGUACUAGCUCACUUAUACCGGGAACUUGCUGAGGCUACUAAGCCUAAGAGGGCCAAUAUUGCAGGCUGCAUUCACUUGCUUCAGAUUUGGUGUUGGGAGCGACUUCAUGUUGGACGACCUGCACUUCAUGUCCCACAUCAUGUCAAUUUGGAUGGACUUUCUGUUGGCUAUAGGUGGAAUCAAGAAUUCAUAAGGCAGCUCUCAACAGGUUGCCUCAGCAGCUACAGAGAUGAGUUAGAUGGACUUUUAGAUAGCCAGGUUUGUAUUCUUUUUAGUAAUAUAGAAAUUCCCUCUCAGUUCGCUGAUAUACAAUUAUUUGAUUGGCUAGGUGAUUUGGGAGCCGUACACCACUGAAGUUCACUCUCAGGUCGCUGAUAUAUGCUUAUCAGGAGAAGCUAUCUGGUUGGCUCGUGUGCCUCUGGUCUGUUGGACUCGGGUGGAGUGGCACCUCCCCGAUAGAGUUGUUAGACAGUUUGGGCUUAUUCCGACCACGGAGGUUCAACCAAUGGAGCUCAAAUUUGCCCGAGUUGAUGGGCGUGGUAAAGCUGAUACAGAUUGGAUGGUGUACCACCUUCCUUACAUUGGAUUGUGGGAGGAUAGACGAGCAUAUAUCAUUGAAGGAAUUACUGCGGGACCUGAUAGUGGACACUUCAUUCACGAGUACUUACAGUGGUUCAGGUCCUGGGCGACAUUAUACAUGUUAAAGCCACCAACAACACCACCGACUACAUACUACCCCAGAGCACCUUCAGAGCGAUAUUUGCGUAAUUUCUUCGUAGAGACAGAGAGGGCAGUGUUACCUUUGGUUGGUUCAAAUGACUACAGCAAUGCCGAUAGUGUUAUUAAGAGAAUUGCUGAGAUGGCAGUGGAUUUGCGUAGAGAGGUUCAUAUCCCUGAUUACCUAUACUCUGAGCAUGGAUAUACAGGGUCUCCAUACGAGUCCUUCAGUCCAGUGAUAGGUGAGCCUCAGUCUACUGAUGCAGGACCAUCAUCGUAUCAAGAUUUGGGACCUUCUCAGCCUUUCUUCACUCAGCCGACUCAGCAAACUACACCAGGCUGGUACCCACAUGAGCAUGUUCCAGACAGUACUCUAGCAGGCACAGUUGAGGCAGAGCAGGAGGGCAUCUUUGGGGUUGAGCAACAUGUGAGGCAAGGUGAAGAGUUCCUUGGAGAUACCAUAAUAUGGGUUUGA